GUUCUGACUGACAUCUGGGCCCCACUAAAAUCGAGGUCAGACGUUUUACGGCUGCGUUGAAUAAAACGCCCCUUCUCCGACCUCCCCCGAUUCAAUCUACUCAGAUCUCAUGCUAAUCCCGCAAAACCUCCUUCCCCCUGCGCACGUUAGCAACUCCCAGCAGCAGCCGUCUCUGACUCGCUAACAAAACUACCCGUCGAGCUCCUCAAAAGAUUCUUAAAAUUCUUUAUUUACAACGACCAAGAACCCUUUGCUUCGAUCUAGGUUUUCUCCGAUCCCUCAAAAUCCCCAAAUUAAAAUUAUCCAGUCAAUGCAACCUCCGGCCAUCGAUGAUGAGACCGCCGCCGCUGUACAUCCAUCUCUUCGUUCUUCUCUUUGCCGGGUUCUUGAUCUCCGGCGCGCUUACCCCCUCGAUAUCGGACGAAUUGAUCGGAAAUAGCGAUGGUUUGAAGAGUUCGUCGCCGUCGCCGUCGCCGUCGACUGCCCUGGAUUUGAGCGCUGCAAGGUCCUCGUCUAGAAAAUUAUUGGACUCCGACGGCAAUAAGUACGAUAGGCUUCUUCUUGCUCGGUCUGAUGGCACAAUCUACUUUGUGGAUCGUCAAUCAAUGGUGCCUCUUUGGAAAUUUGUGACUGGCUCCCCCAUUUUAUACUCCAAACAAGCUGAUCCUGAUGUGGAGUAUUUUAUAGAUUUCGGCGCUAAUGGACAACUAUAUGAAUAUAGCAAGGCUUUUGGUCGUAGGGUAUGCUUCCACAUCUCAGUGAUCAGUUGUUUAUCUGAUUUCUACAGCUAUUGUAGAUCAUCUAUUGAUCUUUGCUUUCCAUCAUUCCAUGCAACGGACCUGUGGUUACAGAUAGUUCCAGUGUUACUUUUGGAUCAAAAGAAACAACUUUACAUUUUCUUAAUGAAACAAAUGGCGAAGUACUCUCUAGGCAUCACUUUCCUGCUACUCAGACAAAAAGCGAAGUGCCCUUGGUUGAAGAGAAGUUAG